AAUGACCACAAGGACAGCCAUGGGAGACAACAUGAAACACAUCAUCUUUGCCACGUUUUAAUCCGAUUGUUCUCUCUUUUCUACGUGCUCUACAUGGCGACUAGUUAACUCAACGAGCUUCCAGCGCCUGUUGAAAACCAACAAUGCCCGCCCGUGGUCCAGCUGCUGUUCCCUCUGUGCCGGAUGAACAGCUUCCUUCUGGACUUACCGCCUUGCAGCCCUGGUUCAAGGACCCCUGGCCCGACUGUCACUUGAUUCGCGAAGCUCUCUUGGAGCUCCAAGCUGUUCGACAUCAAGGCACAGCGCAUCAACACGACACUGCUCCUGCUUCCGAUGCUGCUGUGGUCCUCAACCGCUGUCCUUAUCCAACCAGCCUGGGCGAGGCUCACCGCGACGAGAUCUGGGGUUGACCACAGCGAAGCGGAUUGACUGCCUUGUCAGAUCCCCUGUCAGGAACGUCACGCUUGGAGCUCUCCGACGAUGCCAAGGUGCCAGCCAGCGCGGGGAUCUCCACCCAAACUGGAACUGGUCAUGAGUCCCUAGCACGUGCUGGGUCUUGCAUCGUUUGGGGACGUCUGACACGACCAGUCCCGACCGCCUCACGCUUCCCUUCCUGUUCCUGUUCCUGGGGUUGUCUUCGCUGUUGAGAUAACAUGGAAUAAUGAGAAAUGCAUUCCUGGUUUAGUCCGGAUUGAUUGCAGCGGUGCACCACCGAGGUUUGAGCCAAUAUCGGUGACCUCUAGGUAGCAGCUUACGCCGUGACUUGCAACCUUGAUAGACAACCAGUUCACCGAUUACAUCAUACCUUGCUCAACUGAGCAAACCAACGCUCACAGCUGGUAUGUUGACUGGCGCAUCGAACGAACCGCUUGCAAAACUUGGAUAAAAGGCAGCAGUUUGUAAUGAAGCCGUCAUUAGAUAGUAUUCUCAUGAUUCACCUCACAGGCAACACUUCGCAACACGCAGCCUGUUCCUUGGUGAACCUCCGACGCGGGUCGAUGUGGAGACCACUUUGACCAUGGUUUAUCGCCUUAUCUAGCCACCUUAUCCAUAUCAGCUGACGGGCGUGACUCCAACUGCAACCCCUCAAUCCCCUCACGGAGACUCUUGCCUCUCUCGUGGUGGAUCAACACCAUGUGUACACUCCAACCCUGGUAUUUUUGUUAGCGCGGGACUUCAUGAUAUUUCCCACCCAGAACCUCAUCCACAACCAAUUUUUACGGUGAAAAAAGGGCAUCGUAAAAUUCUUCUUACUUUUCAGAUUAUCAUCGUCCAAGGAACUUUGCUGAACAUAGAGGGGCUAAGCAAUUCCGGGUUGUAGCUGUGUUUUCUGGCAUUCUGACGACGCCUCGGGCAAUAUCCAGCAACAUGUUCCAGACUCCGUGACUCGCUUCUCCAAUUCUGAAACCCCAAUCCAAUCGUUGGCCGUCGGAACCAGAACACAGCAGAGGCUUGUGAUUCUGCGAUUUCCACGACAUCUUGCAUUGCAUGUAAUAUUAUUGCCCCGUAGACAGAGUGUGAGUGAGGCGGCAUACCAAACGGAUACUGAGAUAGACUCUACAUUCAAGGUGAUACGGUAUCUAUGGGGGGCUUUCAACGGUUGUAGGCAUGGAUUUCGGAUGUUCCGGGGAAGCACUUCAGCGAGUCCAUGAUUGGAUAUCUUGGGUGACAGCUACCAUAUACCGAGGCCCCAUGCCGCAGCAUUUGAAAGACUGACAUCAACUAGGAGCAGUUUAUAGACUGUGAAAGGAAAAAUCAUACCAUUCUCCAGGGCUGAGAAACCCAGAAGUCUCUUUUUUGUGCUCUUUCAGAACAUGUCUCCAAGGCAGACCAAACAGCCACUUCAGUUACACCCGUCUCAGCCCCACUUACAAGUCCCACUGUUUCAGUGAUGCACCGCCACAGGACCCCUCCAAAUGGAUCCCUCAGGUGAAUUGGAUUCGGUCUUCACCAGCGCUGAUGUGGCCCUGCAAGGCAGCUCCAGAACAGUGGACAAGCUCGAGGCUGAAGGCUGACGGGAGCUUCUUUUUGGCCUUCUAGAUAGGAGCAGAAGCCUCCACGACCCAACCACCAGCUCACCGGCACUCACUUGGCUCCUUUCCAUGAGGGAAGCUCUUUGCUUUGUAUCUUGAUCUCAUUCUUUUGGCAUCUUACCAAUUAUAUCGCCUAGCCGUCGACCUUGGCCUUGGCCGCAAGAAACAUCGGAUUCGGUACUCGUAUGCGGCGGAGGUACCGCUUACGAUGCUGGCGUAAGCUCUGUGGUGAAUAUUAGCACCAACGGAAAGCAUGCCCAUGACAGCUCUCUAAGGUUUUACGACGGCGGAUUAAUACACAAAACUGCGAAACCUCGAUGGGAUAUUCGAGCGCAGACACACUUUCAUAAAGAAGAAAAGCGAUUGGGCUAUCCCCCCACCAGCGGUCCCUAAUAUGCUUGCCGUGCGCUCUCGACGUUAUCGAUCGUCGACUUCGGCUUCGACCAUCCAAACAUCGAAAGCCGCUGAGGUCCUCCAGCGUCUGCUUCGACAACUCUCCGAGACAGCAAACUCCCGCUCUGCCGAUGGGUACCCCGGAAUCGAGGAUCUGCUCGAGCAGAUCCGCCAGAUACACCAGUACGUUGCUGCCGCGCAACCGCCUUCCCAACCUCAAGACGACUUUCGACACUUGAACGGCUUCCAGACCCUCCUCGAAGUUUUGCGAUCGUUCUCGGGCUUUUAUAACAUACAAAAAAGAAGCAAAGACGAGAGGAGGGGAAUAUUUGAUUUGCUUCACGUCAUUUUGGCGACUGUCUCUGCUGCAUUCAGGGGCCAUCCGGGAAACAGGAGGUACUUCCAAGAUAGAGUCGAUGGCGGAGGAUGGGAGUCUCUGGAACAAAUAAUUGCCAGCAUUGGUGUGGGAGGCGGAGAAUCAGACUUGUGGACAAACUGUCAAUUGUUUGGGAAGCUGCUAUCGUUCACCCUGGACGACCAGCGGCUCGAUGAGCUCUGUCGUUCUGUGGCUUCGUCCUCGAUGGCAUCUCGGCCUACAUCCGCCCCUGGGACGGAUGAUCAAGGAGAGUCACCGACACCGAUUGCGGACAAUACAAAAGAGAGCCAGGGCCAGCUUGACAGUUUAGAAGCUAUCGAGGCCAGGCUUGCACAGAUUCUAGGGCCCAACACGGUGGUUCAGAAUGCCGAGAUUAUACGGACGGUCGUGGGCUUUUGGGAAUCAAUACCGAGAACCAAAGGGGCACCGCCAGAUUUGGCUUCGAUGAUUGUCUUGAUAACGCUGUCGUCUGUUGGUUCGGCCUCUCUUUUCAACCUCACGGCAUUACAUGGAACCGGCAUGCUCUCCAGACUAUUGCGACUGCUGUUCUCUAGUGAGCGCAUUCUUACCGAGGCCGAGACAGAAAAGGCGUUGCCCCUGAGCAAAUCGCUCAUGUACCUUGGGGUAGACCAGCUGGCUGAUGCGCAGUUUUUACUCUGCAAUCGGGGCGAGGAUGUCUCUGAAUUUUGUCUCGACAUGACGGAAAAGAACAACGGGCCACCUUUCAUUCAGUUUGACCUCUCACUUCACGGUCAUUCUUCCGUUGAACUGCCCAACCUCGGGCGACCAUUUCCACCCCAUUCGUCCGCCGGAUACACUUUUGCUGCCUGGGUCCGUGUCGACAGAUUCGAUCCCCAUUCGCACACCACACUCUUUGGAGUAUUCGACUCUACGCAGACCUGCUUUUUGCUGGCUUACCUCGAGAGGGACACCAAAAACUUCAUUCUGCAAACAUCUGUUACCUCGUCCCGUCCCAGUGUUCGGUUCAAGACAGUUUCUUUCAAGGAGAAGCGGUGGUAUCACAUCGCCAUCGUGCACCGCCGGCCCAAGGCACUCGCUGCAAGCAAGGCCAGCCUCUAUGUCAACGGGGAAUUUGCAGAGCAGAUACGGUCGGCAUAUCCAAAUCCACCUCCCAUCUCCAACACGAGCACUGAGAGCUUCGCUUCGUUUGCGUCAAGCAGUCACAAAACAAAUCCAGUACAGGCAUUCCUGGGCACACCCCGUGAUCUUGCGACCCAGGUUGGCCCUGGUCUUGUGCAUUCGAAAUGGUCCCUUGCCUCUGCUCAAAUGUUUGAGGAUGUCCUGAGCGAUGAUUUUCUUGCGGUGCAUUACCGGCUUGGACCACGGUAUCAGGGUAACUUUCAAGACUGCCUUGGAGGGUUUCAGACGUAUGAGGCCUCGGCCGCUCUUGGACUCCGUAACGAGCUGUUCCAUCCCGGCAAGGAUGAGAACUCGGAUAUCCUCAGAGCUAUCAGAGAUAAGGCUAGCUCCAUUGUUCCCGAACAGAAAGUAUUGCUCAGCAUUCUCCCUAGGGCGGUGUUCCGUACGGAUGGCAAGUUCAUGGACUCGUCGCUCUUUCGUUCACUGUCGAGGAACUCGGCUGGCAGUUUGUUCCAUACUACCACUAAGACGGGAGUCUCUGUUGCGAUCAACGCUGCUGUUCCGUGUAUCAAUGAUGCGCUAAUCAGAAUGAACGGAGUAUCGCUUCUCGUUGGCGACCCAGUCUUGACCACGCCGUAUUACUUUGAUGACAAUUUCUGGCGACUUGGUGGCUUCACACCUGUGGUGCUGAAGCUGGUUGAGCGCGCCACAACCCCUCAGGAUCUCCUCCGGUCUGUCGAGAUGACCUUUCAUUGUAUCGAAAAGAGCUGGCGAAACAGUGAGGCCAUGGAGAGGGACAAUGGAUAUGCUAUCUUGAGCAUGCUUCUCCGGGCCAAGCUCGGAUACGGAAUUCCGGCUUCAGACAGCGUCUCACAGUCGUGGCGGCUUGCCGUCACGAACGAGGCAAGAGACAGGCUCAGCUUCCAGCUCUUGAGCUUGGUCCUCAGCUUCGUGGGUUACAAACAUGCGGACCCCAUCGAAUCAUUUGUCGUGAACCCUCUCGCUUAUCGUAUUCUCCUCAUCGACCCCGAUACCUGGCGCAAAGCGGCCCCGAUCACCCAAGAACUCUAUUACAAGCAGUUUGUGACCUUUGCCGUGAAAAGCAAGCACCACCAAUUCAACAGCAAGCGGCUGCUCAGAAUGCGCAUCAUCAAGAGGCUGCUGGAUGCUCUCAAGGCCGAGACCAUCUCGGAAGACAUCCUGCCUCAUUUCAUGGCCUCGUUUGAGAGUCUGGUCAAAUGCAAUUUUAAUGCAGAGGUUCACCGUUCUCUUGCCCUUUUCAUCACCUACGCCUUCCAUACCCCUGCUGGCUCCCUGCCCCGUACUCCCAAACCUAUAUCCAGAGCAGGGACGCCUUCCCUGAGCAACUUGAGAAGACCAGUCCCGGUUGAGACGGGACCGUCCUCCUCGAACGGCCCCUCAAGAUUACUUACAAAGAAACAAUUAGGCAUCAAGUUCCUAGAGAUGUACACACGGUUUCUCUGCGAGAAAACCAACCCGGCUGACAUCCGCAAGUUCGCCAAGACAGUAACAAAUAAGUGGCUCCUCUACCUGCUUGCGGAGGACGAUCCAGAAAUCGUCGUCCACGGAUGCAAGAUUCUCGCCCGCCUCAUAGUGUCGCAGCCGACAACGUACACAACCAAAUUCUCUACUAGGUCUGGAGGGUUUCACAUCAUGGCUCACCGCUUGAAGCAGUGGUGGGACAUUGCUACUCUCUGGCCGAUCCUUUUCAGUAUCCUGUUUGGGUACGACGUUGCGAAUAUCAACUUUGACAAGUCGUUUGACUUUUUCAGUCUCUUGGAGAUAUUUGGGAAUCGACAUGUGGUUUUCCCCGAUGUGCUGCCGGUUAUCAUCUCGAUGCUGCAGCACGGGCUGAGGGAUAUUCUCAAGUAUCAGGAUGAUCCGGACUCUCCGCAUGGAGACUGGGAGACGCCCAGGAGUGGUUCGGAAGGUCUUACUGCCGUCCAGACGCGUCCAAGGGCUCGGUCUAUGGAACUGGGCCAGGCUUUGGAGCCGCGGAAAACACGCCUGCCUGACAAAGAGAGGGUCUCGGCUAGUGUUGGAGUUCUUCAGACCGUUGUCCGCUUUUUGUCAGACAUGCACAGUCGGUCGGCCAGCUUCAGAGAUUUUGCCCUUAACUCUGAAUACGUUCGCCUCCUUUUCUCGGCAUUGUACCCCAUCAUCGUCAGCGCCGAUCCCGUUACCCCCGAUACUGAGCUCAACUCCAAAGACUCGAUCCUCACAUUUGAGGGAGGCGAUGUGCUUAUCAGGCCGGUUCCCGGCUCUUCGACUACGGCCACUCCAAUCAUUCGAACCGCAAACGCAGGACAAAUGGACGGGUCACCGUCGUCUGUACAGGGUCGCGGUACUCCUCUGCGGCGACCUUCCUCGUUCAUAUUGGUGGCAUCACAACAGCAGCAGCCACUCUCCCCACCCAUCCCCGCUCGUCUCAGCCAUGUCAUGUCGCCAAAGAAGCGGGUAAAUACGCAGAAAGUCAGCAACGUGGUACUCGAGGGAGUGCUGGAGCUCAUCAUCAACGUCUUCACUGAUCAGCUGCUCGUUCGAAAAGAAUUUCCUGGUUUUGGUCUCUUCUUGAAGGUUCCUCCCGGCUUUCAGGAACAUCAGGCCUACUUUGAGACGUAUGUUCUUCGUAAUGUUAUCACCCACCUGAAAAACACCAUUCAGCUCGAGCAAAAGACCCUUCUCGAGCCGAGGAUUCUGCAGAACAUGUCUCGGUUGAACAUUCACAUGGUGGAAGCGAUCUUUGAGGGGUGGUUCAUGAAUGGAGCAGAGACGAUGAUUGACUUUGCCGGGACUUUGCUGGAGUACCUGCUGCGACCUGACAUCUCGUCUUUGAAGAGCGUCCGUCUUUGCAGCUCGGCGGUGGCAACGAUCAGGGCAUGCUUCUUGAAGCUGACGCUUUUGCGGCUGUCGGACAUGGAUGAUCCGCAGUGCCAGGAUGCGGAUGCUGUUGCUAGUAUAGGGCAGCUGAUGUACUGGCAGACUGUGCUGCUCAACUGUCUGCAGGUGGAGGAUGAUAACAUGAAGCUGUUGUGGUAUCAACUUUACAACAAGCUGGUUGAUAUGAGAGAGCAAGUUCGGAUGAUCGCUGCGACGGUGUGGCGAAUCAUGCUGGUGCAAAAGCCGGAGGAGGCCUCGGUUUUGUUCAGGCAGAUCAUGACGCCUGAUCAGCAGCAUCUGACGAGGGGAUUCAGAAAACUGACUGAGCUGGAUGACAAUGCGUUUUUGGAAUGGGUUGAUCAGCAUCGGCCUUCAUUGGAUGUGUUGUUUGUCGGGGGGAUUUCCAAGACGUGGGAGGAGUUUGUUGGUGGGGAGAAUCAGCGGUACAAUGACACUGCGAGGACGAGGUUGAGGAACCGGAAGGAGAAGUUGAAGCAGUGGCAUGCUGAGUUGAGGGAGAGGGAGAACGUGCUGCUGAGGCAUGAGAUGGCGAACAGCGCGUGGAUGAAGAGUAUUUACUUCACUGAGCACUUCAAGUACCAGAGGCACUUGCAAGACCAACAAGAUGACAACGCGUUCUUGGCGUGGACGUUUAGCAAGAUGGACAGGGACUUGAGGAGGCCGGGAGCGGUGUUUGCAGAGAGGCAGGAGAUUAAGUGGAAGCUGGAUCGGACGGAGGGGAGGAACAGGAUGAGGUUGAGGUUGUUGCCCGAGUAUCCUGAUCAGCAUAGGGAGUAUAGGCCGAAGAGGGGGGAUAAUUCGGGUCUGAAGCUGAAUACGGGGUUGGCGGGGGGUCGACAGUCGAGCAUUGGGAUGACGCCGGCCAGUUCGACGCCGCCGAUCGAGGCUGGGGAGGAGGAGGAUACUGCUGAGGAAGGGGAGGAGGUGGUGAAUGGGAAGGGGUUGGAUCGGCAGGGGGUGACGCCGGAGGAUGACUUUGAGCUGGUGGAGGAUCCGAAUGAUCCGGAUGGGGAUGAUAAUUUUGAGGACAAGAACAGGAAGGUGAUGAGGAGGUUGCAGCAGGGGGAUUCGGUGCAGAAUGUCUUCAACAUUUCCAGGAUCAUUGGACUGGAUGCCUCGGAGGGGAUCUUGAUUGUUGGGAAGGAGGCGCUGUAUCUCAUGGACAGCUUGUUUCAAAGUGCCGAUGGCGAGAUCAUCAACGUAUGGCAAGCACCGCCGGAGGAGCGAGAUCCGUUUUCCAUCAUCAUUGCUGGCAAGAAGGCGGAUGAGGCGCGCCAGGAGCAGAGCCGUGCUGGUUCGGAAUCGCGCAGCUGGAAGUGGCGGGAAGUUCUGAUGCUGUCCAAGAGACGGUUCCUCUUCCGGGAUGUGGCCAUCGAAAUGUUCUUCACUGAUGGCCGCAGUUAUCUGCUUACGGCUAUCAACUCGACGAUGAGAGACGAGAUUUAUGCCAGGCUUACCGCCAAGGUGCCGCAUAAUAGCAACCCGAGUUUGCUGCCGAAUCCGGAGGAUGCCUGGAGAUUGGAGGCUCUCAAGUUCACCGAGGAGGCACCGCAAACGCUAGGGGCCAAGUUUGGCAGCAUUUUCAACUCGUCGGGGUGGAACCCGCUGAUGAAGAGGUGGCAGAAGGGAGAGAUAUCCAACUUUCACUAUCUGAUGCUGGUCAACACCAUGGCGGGCAGAACGUUCAACGAUCUGACGCAAUAUCCGGUUUUCCCGUGGGUGUUGGCGGAUUAUACGAGUGAGGAGCUGGACUUGAAUAAUCCUGCGACGUUCAGGGAUUUGUCCAAGCCGAUGGGCGCGCAGAAUCCUAGUCGGGCGGCGGAUUUCAACAUGAGGUACAAGAGCCUGGCCGAGAUUGGGGAGACGCCGUUUCAUUAUGGGACGCAUUACUCGUCUGCGAUGAUCGUGUCGUCGUAUUUGAUUCGGUUGCCGCCGUUUGUGCAGUCUUACAUACUGCUGCAGGGUGGGACGUUUGAUCACCCUGAUCGGUUGUUUUUCUCCAUCGAGGGGACUUGGACGUCGUCGUCGAAGGAUAACGGGUCGGACGUGAGGGAGCUGAUUCCUGAGUUCUUUUACCUUCCGGACUUUUUGACGAAUGUCAAUGGUUACAACUUUGGUGAACGCCAAGGUGGCCAGGGGAAGGUGGACAAUGUCAUCCUGCCCCCUUGGGCCAAGGGCGAUCCCAAGAUCUUCAUAGCCAAACACCGUGAGGCUCUCGAGUCUCCCCAUGUGAGCCAGCACCUCCACAAAUGGAUCGAUCUCAUCUUUGGGUACAAGCAGCGCGGAGAAGCCGCGGUGGAAAACUUGAAUGUCUUCCACCAUCUCUCUUACAAGGGCGCCAGAGAUUUGGAUGACAUUGUCGACCCUCAGGAACGUGCCAUUACUACGGGCAUCAUCCACAAUUUUGGCCAGACCCCCCACCAAGUCUUUACUCGGCCACACCCCGCCAGGGAAUACGACCGCUGCCCGAUCAAGCGGUUGGACACCUCCAUCUCCGCCCUGACUAAACUCCCCUACCCGCUGCUGGAAAGCCACGAACGGGUGUCGUCAUUGAUUUACGUCCAGAAAUACGACCGGCUGCUUUGCGCCUCCCCGUUCAGGAUCAACCUCCCCCCGUUCUACGACAAGUUUGUCGAAUGGGGUUAUGCGGAUAACUCGGUCAGGUUCUUCUUUAGCGACAACCGCCGUUUGGCGGGGCUGCACGAGAAUCUGCACAUAGGGCAGAUAUCAACCCUCACAUUUGCAGACAGCAAAACGCUGAUCACGGCCGGGGAGGACUGUGUCGUUUCUGUCUACAACGUGCAGACAUCCCCCGGAAAACCGGUGGAACUGCAGCAGAGGUCGAGCUUAUUCGGGCACAAGACUCCGGUCACCAACAUCGCGGUGGCGAAGGCGUUUUCGACGAUUGUGACGGUAUCGCAAGAUGGGGUUGCGUUUCUUUGGGAUCUGAACAGGUUGGAGUUCAUCAGACGGUUGCCGAUGCCGAUGAGGGGGGUGGGACAGCAGGUCGAGUGUGUGGCUGUGAAUGACACGACGGGGAACAUUAUGGUUUGUGUUGGGCAGAGCGUGGUGUUGUUUACGGUGAAUGGGGAGGUGAUUUUGGAUCAGAAUGUAUGUGGUGGUGGUGGGGGGGGCGAGGGGGAGGUGACGGAUGAUUACGUGCAUAGCUGUGCGUUUUAUGAGGGGUCGGGGGGGAAUGAGUGGUUGGAGAAUCAGUUGGUUUUUACGGGGCAUAAGAGGGGGAGGGUGAAUAUUUGGAGGAAGACGGUUAGCAAGGAGGGGAGGUGGGUGCUGGAGUGGAUGAGGAGGUUGGAUCAUGUGAAUCAGGGGAAGAUGACGAGUGAGAGGGGGGAGAAUGUGGAGGCGGCGGUGACGUGUAUUGCGCCUAUGGAGAGGUUGGUGUAUACGGGCGAUGAUGAUGGGAGGGUGUAUGAAUGGAAUCUGGUCCAACGAGAGAGGUGAGUCAGGGCUGGGUUUGAUCGGCACAAGCGGACAAUCAAUAUGAAAUAAAGGCCACGGGGAGAUGGUCAGAAAGGAGAGAAGACAGGGGGGUUGGUUGGUUUAGCGCCAAGGAGUGGGUGGUCACUCAUGCCAUCACCAUUGUCAUUACAUUUCCAGCGAAGUGUCUGAAUUAGACUUGAUAGAUAUUUGGAUGUGUCCUGCGGAAAAAAAAAAGAAAACCUUUAAUUUCUUACCCGUUCUGCAAUAUGGCUUUUGGUUUACCGGUUUUAUGACCUCAUAUCUUUGAAAACACGUCUAUUCGUAUUAGACCGCCCUCUCUGCCCGUUUAUAAACGCC